AUGGAAGAGCUGAGUCAAGCCCUGGCUAGUAGCUUUUCUGUGUCCCAAGAUCUGAAUAGCACAGCAGCCCCACAUCCCCACCCAUCUCAGUACAAGUCCAAGCACAGUUCCUUGGAGCAGAGUGAGCUUCGGUUACUGGAAUUGCAGAAAUUCAAGCAGCUAGAUUAUGUGAACCGUGCCAGAAGACUGGCUGAACAUGACUGGACAGGGACGGAGAGUGAGGAAGAUAAGAAAGAUGAUGAAGAAAUGGACACUGAUGCUGGCAAGAAGUUACCAAAAUGCUAUGCUAAUCAACUGAUGCUUUCAGAGUGGCUAACUGAUGUCCCUUCAGAUUUGGAUCAGGAAUGGAUUAUGUUCGUGUGCCGCGCUGGAAAAAGAACCAUCAUCAUGGCCUCUGAAGGCUCUACAACUGCCUACACCAAGAGUGGUUCCUGUGUCAAGAGAUUUUCUUCCCUUCUGCCAGGAAGCAACAGGCGAAACUCAGCCAUGGCAAAAACCUACACCGUUCUGGACUGCAUUUACAGUGAGGUGAACCAGACCUACUACGUUCUGGAUGUGAUGUGCUGGUGGGGCCAUCCUUUUUAUGACGGCCAGCCUGAUUUCCGAUUCUACUGGAUACAUUCAAAGUUACCUGAAGAAGAAGGACUGGGAGAGAAAACCAAGCUCAAUCCCUUUAAAUCUGUGAGACUAAAGAAUUUCCCAUGUACCCCUGGGAGUUCAUAUAAGCUGCUGUCUAUGGAUUUCCCUUUUGAGGUAGACGGAUUUCUCUUCUACCACAAGCAGACCCACUAUAGCCCUGGAAGCACUCCCCUGGUGGGUUGGCUGUGCCCCUACAUGGUGUCAGAUGUUCUUGGUGUAGCCGUGCCAGCUGGCCCACUGACUACCAAGCCAGAAUAUGCUGGGCACCAGCUCCAGCAGAUUAUUGAGCAUAAGAGGAGCCAGAAGGAAGGCAUAAAGGAAAAACUCACACAUAAUUCCUCUGGGAAUGGAUGCUAUGAGUUGGAGGACCUAUCUACCCCAAAGCUGAUGAGUCUUCCCUGGAGCCUGGACCACCCUGGGAGCCUCAUGGAGAACUAA